CACACACAACCCCCAGCACUGCCCUCCGUGUGUGACUCGAUGAGUGACCCUGACAAAACCGUGACGGAGUGCAGUCGCUACUCCCCAGAUUUGGUCAGGAUGGAAGGUGCAAAUAAUUACCGCCCGGUAGAACAGAGUACGUACAGCUGUGUCCUCGGGCAAGUGCAUCGAGGUCGAUGCUCAGAACGCUAAGCAUGAUCCAUCCACGUAGAAUUUUUGGAUAUGCGUAGAUUUUUGUGUAUAUGGAGGGAGCUCCGCUCCCUCCUUUUCUUACACCUCUUUCUUCUCUCUACAUCAACAAUACAAACAGUCCUUCGACCUCAUCUUCAACAUACCAUUCUGACCGUCUUGAUCUCUUCUUUCCAACGGUAUCAUCGGCUUAUGCCUGUGAUUACUGUGAGACCCACAAUUUGCCCUCGAAGUCCUCCUUAUUUGGUUUAGCGCGGCCCUUCCAUUAACCCCACGACUCUAUGUCCUUCCGUCUAAAGAUAAUCAAGAAUCUCUCCCCCCGGCGUCUCUUUCUUAUAUUCUUAACCUUUUAUCCUUCUUCUCAUAUUCUUCGUAAUUAUAUCUGAUGAGAAGUGCCUAGAGCCAUUAUUGUAGUAGAGCCUAGGACUCUGUAUAUAGAAGAAUGAAAGUGCAAGUUGACGAAGGAGAUUUGUCGUGACGGUCUGCCUUACCAAGGUAGGGAAGUCAAAGGUUGAAGGCAGUAACGAAUGUGGAUUCAAAGCUAAGGAAGAGAAAGGAAUCUAUCGCGGGGUCCGCG